AUGGCCAGUCUGGUCACCCCAACAUUGCGUAGCAAGCUAUGGAAAAUGGGGUCCAGCACUCUGACCGCUUUAUCCGAAGGACGCGGCCUCUGCAUCGCCGUUGGGGCCUGGGGCCCUCAGACGCAGGAUCGACGAUUUUAUCGCAACCGUGGUGUAUUGAAGCUUCAUUGCAGUGAAUGUCGUUAUGUUAUCCGUCGGUGGCACAUUCCAAUUCUUGCCGUGGACUGCAGCGCAAACGUGAGGCACAAGCAGGCCCUGACCAAUCCUCCGAUUCGGUCUCGCUGGUCUACCCAGUUCCCUGAGUACUUGCGUCCGUGGGUGGAAGGGAAGCAGUAUCCUCGACAUCCUCACUACAGACAAGCAUAUACCUUCCAAUGCUACCACAAAACUAACUGCAUGGCUGGCAGUUUUGAAUCGGGGCCGGUGCAUUUAGAGUCAGAGCCCUACAAGCCCUACCAGGAAACCCUACUAGACAAUGCAUCGCGCACUGCUGCCCACUCAGACUUUCUCAACAUCAGCUUGCGCGCGCCUGCCCGGUGCAUCGCUGGGCGUGCGCUGCCGUGGUGCCGACAUUCACUCGGAGAAUCCCUGCGACCGGCUACAGUCGGCCUGGUCCGGGCAUCUCGCUGGUCGAGGGCUUUCUCGACGGAAACUCACGAGUUCAAGGCUGAGACAAAGAAGCUUCUCGACAUUGUAGCCAAAUCCUUGUACACGGACAAGGAGGUUUUCAUAAGGGAGCUGAUCUCCAACGCAUCGGAUGCGUGUGAAAAGCUCCGAUUUCUGCAGGGAACGCAGCAAAUCAAGGAUGUCAAUGAUGCAGACGUCCCGCUUCAGGUUACCCUGAGCGUGAGCGAGAGCGACAGGAAAUUCAUCAUCGAAGAUUCAGGCAUCGGCAUGACUCACGAUGAGCUAGAUUUGCAUGAUCACUCUACCAUGGUGAAAGGGUACCAGCCGAAUUUCAGUCCCAGUCAAGCGCAGAAGCUUUGUCAGAAGGUGCGGGGUACUUCCCGGACAUCCCAAGAAAUUGCUCUGCUGCUCCAGCCUCUCCUCGAAGACUGGAAGAGCGAACCGAAGCUCGCCACAAGCACGUUAAAAAACUUACGAGCCGAUGCUGCCCUUGUCCUGAACAUCCUUGGAGCAAUGAGUGCCUUCAGAUUGGAAAUGAUAGCACAAUAUUUCAAUAUUGCCAUCGACAGCUGCGGAAGAUCUGGUCGCUGGGCCCAGGCCCUGUUGGUGUUGCGGAGCAUGAGUCUCUCGGAGGUUUUGCCCAGUGCAGUGAGCUACACAAAUGCCAUCAAUGCUUGCCGAAAAGCCUCCAAGUGGACUCAAACUUUACAUCUGCUUUGGCAUGCGCUGGAGUCGAGACUCUCUCCGGAUGCAGUGUUGUUCGGUGCUGCCAUGAACGCUUGUGCCGGACAUGGCAAGUGGGAAGCAGCUUUUUGCAUCUUGUCGAACAUGCAUCGUCACCACGUUGAACCUGGUGUCGUAUCAUACAACAUUAUACUGAAUGCUUUAGACAAAGGUGGAAAGUGGAGAAAGGCGCUGGAGCUGUACUUCAACCUACCUUCUCAUGGUGUACUUGCCAAUGCUGUAUCGAGCAAUACAGCCAUCACAGCCGCAGCUCGGCACUCGCAGUGGCAAGGGAUUCUGGACGUACUGGCUCGCCUGCCCGGUUUGGGUCCCGCUUCUGCCGAUGCAGACACCUUCGCGAACUCCCUGCAAGGUUUAGCAAAGGCCUGGCGUUGGGAAGAGGCGACAUCCUUGCUCGUUGCUCGCAUGUCGUCGAAAGGGGGUAUGGAGACAAGCCUCAGUGUCCUUGAGAUCAGCGCUGCCAUGACAGCCUGUUCCAGGAGCACGAAGUGGGAGUGGGCUUUAAGCCUGCUUGGUGAUGCCCAGAGGAUGAACGCAGAUGAUGGUCCCCUGUACACCACGGCCAUCACUGCAUGUGGGCGCUCCACGAAGUGGAGGGUCUCCCUCUCACUGUUUGCAGAUGUUUUUGCAAAACGACUUCCCGCUGACAUUGUUACCUACACGACAGCUCUUGCAGCAUGUGAAGGAGGUUCUUGGCAGCAGUCCAUAUGCUUGCUUUCCAACCUGAGGCAAAGCCGCUUGAACGGGACUCUCUCGACCUAUGCACUUGUCACGAGGGCUUGCGCCAGUGCGGAGCAAUGGCAGAGUGCACUAUCAUUGUUAACAGAGCUUCGGGAUGAGGCGGUUGAGCCUGAUGUCGUGCUUUGCACCUCCGUGGCGUGCGCAUGCACAGCCGGUGGUCAUUGGCACAAAGCGUUGCAUCUUUUCCUGGAGAUGCAGCUUCAGCGAAUUAAAGCAGAUGGGCCUGCCGUAAAUGCAGCUAUUGCUGCCUGUGACAAGGGCGGGGACUGGCGGAGAGCGCUGCUAUUCUUUGCUGAUUUCCCGUGUGAACGCAACCAGAGCACGUGCACUGCUGCAAUCAGUGCUUGUAGCGGUUCGCAGCAGUGGCAGCAGGCUUUGCGUUUGCUGAAGCUGUGGCAGGAUGAUGACAGGGGUGGAGGUCCUCCGCUGGCAUCUUGCUUGCCGUGCACGGCAGCCGUGUCUGUGUGUGGACGAGCCAGGCAAUGGGAACGUGCACUUGCACUUCUGGACAGCAUGUCCAAGGCUUCUGUGGCAGACACCGCCAUGUUCAAUGCAGCCAUAAGUGCAGCCGGACACACGCAGUGGCAGCUUGCCCUGGAAGUGUUUGCCAGACUUACAUGGUCAGACGUGCCUCCGGAUGCCAUAUCGUAUUCAGCAACUAUGAACGCUUGCGUUGAGGCAUCUCAGUGGAGCACAAGUAUUCUGUUGUUGGAAGAGUGUUUGAAAGCGACCAUUGAAACAAGUGUGCCUCUGUUAAACACGGCCAUCAGUGCAUGGGUGCGAUGUGCUGCGUGGCAGCCUGCUUUGUCUCUCAUGGCGCAGCUGCAAGAGCAGCACCUCGAGUGCAAUGAGAUCACGCAGAGUGCGCUUAUACAUGCAUGUGGGUGCAGUCUGAGGUGGAACGCAGGUCUCCAGAUCUUGGAAGCGAGGCGAGCCUGUGAUUUAAGAGCGAACAGUGUGGCGUUCGGUGCCAUCGCAUACUCUGGCUACCGGAGCCAGAUGUGGCACCUUGCUAUCAGCGUCCUUGAAUCUAUGUGCACUGCAAAGAUGCAGCCGUCCCUUGCAACAUACGACUAUGCCCUGCUCGCCGCAGAGGGUGCUGGGCACAGGGAGCAAGCUUUCCAGGUACUGUUUACAUCAGAGGAGCAGCGGAACCCGCACAGCUUCUUAUGGGCAGUGGCCACUCUUCGCACCUCAGAUCCAGUGGUGAUCCACGCUGCUUGCACGGAGGCGCUUACAGAGCUGUGCAAGCUGGACGAGAUGGCAGAUACCGACAGCAAGACGCUGUCAAGGACUUGGUGGUCUGUCGGAAUACUGGGUGCACGCGGCCCUGCGUUUGAGAGACUAAUGCUCCAGCAAGCUGUGGUGCAACUUCGCUCUUUCUCCUCAGAGGAGCUGAGCAUGAUAUCUGCAGGUGCUUCUAUGACGGGAGCUUUUGGUUUCCUAAACCUUCUGCAGGAGGAACUCGCAACUCGUGCAAGCGUUAGUGGAGAAGCAUUGAAUGACUUGUCUUUCAGUGACGCCAUGGAAGUCCUGGGCAUCCUCUUCUCUUGCAGAAGUGUCGGGUGCCUGCGUGCCACGUCUUCCUCGGUUAUUCAGGGGAGGAUGAGGAGCCUUGGACGGCUGCUGGAUGCUUCCAACUUGCACACUUCUCCUGGUACAGGUACAUGGAAUCCGGAGCAUGCUGAGGCAUCGAGCGAGCAACCUCGAGUGGCUCUCAGCCUCGCAGACCGCUUUGUGGUGCACAAGCCGGAUGGCUGGGAGGUGUAUGGAGCGCACGUGAAGCUGCAGCUGCUGGAAUUCGUGCAGGGCAUGUUUGGUCGUACACCCAUCUUCCAGGAUCCGGGACACAACUAUGGCUUUUUGCAUCGCCUGGAUGUGCCGAGCUCCGGCUUGAUCUUGGUGGCAAAGACAUACGAGGCCUUCUAUGACCUUCAAACCCAGCUGCACGCUGGCGAGGUGGGUCGGGACUACACAGUCCUGUGCCACGGAUGGCUUCCAAGGUCUGUCAGGGAGAUAAGCGCCAGCACCUGGUGUGAGGAUGAUCGCCCGACUCUGUCUGGUGGUCGGGGAAAGCCGAGUGCCACACAAGUUUGCGGUCACAGCCACUAUUUGCAUGAGGUUGGAGCCUUGAGCAAGGUCCUCCUGGGCAUUGCAACGGGUCGCAAGCAUCAGAUACGUAGUCACAUGGCUCACAUUGGCCACCCGACUGUCCGUGAUCGGACCUAUGCAGGCAAGACAGCGUUCAACUUUGAUGUCCUGCUAUGCUCACGGAAUUGGCUGCAUCGCCACCGGCUUCGAUUUCGCGACCUGCAGGGCAGAAAGUCGGACAUCUGCAGCCAUGUGCCAGAAGACCUAGAGGCAUCCUUAGAACGCGCAACGCUGAUCAGAUGCCUAGUUACUGGACACGGCUCAGGUAGGUGCGGAUGCGUGAAUCGGAACUCCCAGCUCCGGAAUAGCGGAAUCUUGCAUGAUGUUGGCCGCCUUUCCGUUCCUGCUGUUGCUUCACACUCAACGCAACAGUUUUUCAUCCUCACAAGGGCCCCAAACGUGUCCCAGAUCCCCGAACAUCAUGCUGUUGGAAGAGCGUUCGGUCUCAUGUAUCUUCAGUGCAGCUGGAUGGUCAAACCUGUGGAGGCGGUAGUAGGAGGGAGCCCAGAUCCAUGGCAGCAUGCGCUUGAGAGGAGCUCCCAGGCCACAGGCAGGUUGCCUGGCAGAUUGUACAGCGCAUCUGCGAGAACAGCCUCCGUUUCCAGGCAGUGGGGGGCGUGCCUGGAAGUCCUGCGUCAGUUCAGUCUGACCGGAUGCGUGGAUUCGUGGUCUUUGGUGAUCACCUACGGUGCUUCAAUCAGUGGCUGUGCUGAUUCAUGGCGCUGGCGGACUAGCCUGUCUUUGGCCAGGACUUUGCAACAUGCAGCGUUGCAGCUAAACACUGUCGUUUGCAAUGCCUGCAUUAGCACUGCUCAGACGCGCGGACAGUGGCAGCAGAGUUUGGUGAUGCUUGACCAGAUCGCAGAGGCAACCCUUGAGGUAGAUGUAUUCAGCUGCGGUGGUGCCAUUGGUGCAUGUGAGAAGAGCGGCCGGUGGGACAAUGCUCUGCUGCUGCUCGAAGACUUGGAGUUGAAGGCACUCCAGGCAAACAUUGUCACCUUCAGCGCAGCUCUGAGUGCAUGCGCUCGCGAUGGAAAGUGGCAGCAAGCCCUGAUCACGGAGAUGCAGCAGCGUCAAAUACAGCCAACCACCGUCACCUACAACUCUUUAAUCACCUCGUGCCAUGUAGGCCAAGCGUGGCAGCGUUCCUUAGCCUCCUCCGAAAAACUCCGAAGAAACCAGCUGUAUCAAAGCGAAGUAACGAUUGGUGCUGUCGGAACUGCAGCUCGGGGUAGCAUGCAGUGGCAGCAAUCCUUGAGAAUUCACAGCCAAUUUGCAGCACAUGGGUUGGAUAAUAGGGUUUUGCAUACCUCUGCAGUGCUUGCCUGUGCUGGCAGAGACCAGUGGCAAUUGGCUUGCCAGUUGCUGUCAGUGCUGCAUGCAAGCUUCGUGCGCCUUGGGACGGACGUUUGCAAUGCGUGCAUCACCGCAUUGGGCAGACAGUCGUUGUGGCAACACGGUGCAAUUGUCUUUUCACAGCUUCAGCAUGGGACACUUCCAGAUGACUUAGUUCGCUGCAAUGUGAUGCUGGACGGCUUCGAGAAGGGUGGAAUGUGGCAAAGGGCCCUCUGCAUCCUCGGGAUCGUGGCAAUGACACGACUUCUGCCUGACGUAGUCACCUGCACCUCCAGCAUCAGCGCUUGUGGAAGGGCAGGUUCCUGGCUGCACUCUGGGCUUAUCUUGCAGCAGUUGGAUGAUUUGGGUCUCCAAAGCAACAUCAUCUUGCACAAUGCCGUGAUAGCUGCUUGGGAGAGGAGUCACCAGUGGGAGCUUUCAAUGAGAACCAUAGGUCUCAUGCAUCAGAAGCGACUCGAACAUUCCUUGAACGCUUUUGACUCGGCACUGCUUGCCUGCCAGCAUAGCGGACGCACCGACCUUGCCUGGCAGCUAUGCCGCGACUCCGAAGCGUUUCGAUCUCCUGUCUCUUUCCUUUGGUCCCUGGCGUCACUGGGUGUUUCUGAUCCGACGGUAAUCAACGCUGCGUGCGCGUCGGCUGCUGUGUGCGAAGUGGAGGAGGUGCCAUACCUUAUGUGGUCUUGCGCCAUUCUGGGCGUGGAACCAAGUCCGCAUCUUCGCCGAUUCUUAAGGCGUUCGCUUGCCUCUCCAAAGUUCCUCGCGUUGGAAAUGCAAGCCGUGAGCAUGGCCGUGUACGGUGCUGGUGUGCUGCGCGGCGGCGCUUUGGAGUUUCUGAGCCGAGUGCAGGAGGCGCUGCGAGUGCGCUUACACUCACAGGCAGGCAUGGAGCUUGAGCAACUCGCAUUCCAUCGCGCGGAAGGCCAGGAAUUGCUGGGCGUCUUGUUUUCCUGCAGCCUUGAGGGUGCCUUGCGAGCAGGGUUCCGAGAGGCUGUGGCUUGCAAGCUACAGGAUCUGGCUGUGGCUUUCGAUCGAUGUCGAUUUCAAUCUCGUGUCUGCAUCGACCCCAAAAACCAGACUACUGCUAGCUGGGAAAGUGCGACCCGAAACCGAAAGAAUCCUGAAAUCUUUGCCGAGACACGGGACCGCUUUGUGGUGCACAAGCCGGAUGGCUGGGAGGUGUAUGGAGCGCACGUGAAGCUGCAGCUGCUGGAAUUCGUGCAGGGCAUGUUUGGUCGUGCGCCCAUCUUCCAGGAUCCGGGACACAACUAUGGCUUUCUGCAUCGCCUGGAUGUGCCGAGCUCUGGCUUGAUCUUGGUGGCAAAGACAUACGAGGCCUUCUAUGACCUUCAAACCCAGCUGCACGCUGGCGAGGUGGGUCGGGACUACACAGUCCUGUGCCACGGCUGGCUUCCAAGUUCUGUCAGGGAGAUAAGCGCCAGCACAGUCUGCUUGACGGAUGCUCCGACGGUGGCCGGAGGCCGUGGGCGGAAGAGCAUCACGCAUCUUCGGAUCUGUGAACACUACGCGGUGAGCACGACCAUUCUCAGCCGUUCACAUGUCAGCAUCAUCACGGGAAGGAAACAUCAGAUUCGUUGCCACAUGGCGCAUGUGGGCCACCCCAUUGUUCGAGACAAAAUCUACACAAGUUUUCGCACCUUCCAGGAGGAUGCCGCAUUUUGCAUGCGCAAUUGGCUGCACCGAUUCCGGCUCUCAUUCACGGACGCAGAGGGUGUUGCUUGCGAAGUGAGUGCAGACUUGCCCGCGGAUUUAAGCCGGUCGUUGGUAAACCUGUCUUUACACAGGUUUCGAGUUGUGCUUGUUACUGGGACUGCGGGGGACAAGCGCGAGCAUGUCGAGCAUCUGGGCACCAUCGCAAAGAGCGGUUCCCUAGAUUUUCUUCAGCGUGGAGAAUCUGAUGCGAGCAAGAUCAUUGGGCAGUUUGGUGUGGGCUUUUACUCGACGUUCGUGGUGGCAGACAAGGUGGAGGUUUACACCAAGACGGCUGACAAGGAGAAGGGUGCACAGGGCUACCUGUGGACUUCAGACGGUUCUGGCAGUUUCACUGUCACCGAAGUGGACGAUGUGCCUCGGGGUACCCGCAUAGAGCUAACCCUCAAAGAUGAUGCCACCGAAUUUGCCAAGUUGGUAACGGUGAAGAAGUCCGCCCAGAAGUUCUCUUCUUUCAUUGACUUUCCAAUCAACAUCCGCGAGGAUGGAGAUCCAAAGCCGAUCAACAAGCAGGAGGCUCUGUGGAUGAAGAGCUCUGCGACAGAGGAGCAGCACCUGGAGUUCUUUCGUUUCCUCAGUGGCAACUCCUAUGGAAAGCCAUACUACACUUUGAUGUAUCAGACGGACGCCCCGCUGUCCAUCAAAAGUUGUUUCUAUGUCCCCGAUCCUGACAACGCCCCGAGCAGGGUGUUCACCAAGGAUCCCGAAAUAGGUAUUUCGCUGCAUUCGCGGCGGGUCAUGGUCAAGAAGCAUGCAGAUGGCGUCAUCCCGAAGUGGCUUCACUGGAUGAAGGGAAUUGUGGAUUGCGAGGACAUGCCCAUGAACAUCAGCCGAGAAAACAUGCAAGACACCCGCCUGAUGGAAAAGCUCAGCAUGGCGGUUGUGAGGCGGGUUCUGAGGUUCCUGCAGCAGGAGGCCAAGAAAGACUCGGAGAAGUACAACAAGUUCUUCAAGGGCUACUCCUACUUCCUGAAGGCCGGCAUCAUCGAGGACAAAGAAGGAAACUUCAGCCGUCACAAGGACGACCUCCUGAAGCUGUUGCGCUUCGAGUGCUCCAACAAGCCCAAGGGUGAGUUGGUUUCCUUGGAGGAGUACAUGAGCAUGGCGAAGGAGGGGCAGCAGAACAUUUACUACUUCUGCUGCCCUGACCGGCAAACAGCACUGUCCUCCCCGUACAUGGAACAGUUCGUGCAGAGGCAGCGGAAUGUUCUUCUCCUGUACGAGGACAUCGACGAGUUCGUUGUCAAUGCGAUUGAGGGCUUCAAGGACAGCAAGUUCGUGUCCGUGGACUCUGCGGACAAGAACUUCGAGCUGGACUUGGAUAAGCCUGAGGAGGAUGACAAGGAGGACAGGAGAGAGCUCAAUGAGCAAGAAAAGGAAGCGAUGCAGAAGUUCAUUAGAGAUGUGCUGAAAGAGAAGGUGCAGGAAGUUAAGUUCUCGGACCGCCUUGUGAACUCCCCAGCUCUGGUGACCAGCAUCAUCACACCGCACAUGCGCAAGAUGAUGAAGAGCCUUAUGGCUGGCAAGGAGAACGAUGGCCUGGGCAACAUCCCAAUGACGCUGGAGCUCAGCCCGAAGCAUCACAUCGUCACAACGCUGGCGACGAUCCUGGCUUCCAACGAGCCGGUCGCGCGCAUUGCGGUGGAGCAGCUCUACGACAAUGCUUGCAUUGCCGCCGGCACGCUCGACGACCCUCGUGUGCUGAUGUCCAGACUGAACAAGGUGCUUGAGAUGUUCAUCUACCAGGGUGCCGGUUUUGAUUAUGCCACGGGUCGGUACCAUUUGGAACCACCUCUACCACCUCCGAAGGCGGAGGAGGCCCAGCCCGCUGCCGAGGAGACUCCACGAGAAAGUGCUAAGGCCCGGAGCGGGCAGAGGAAGUUGCGAGUUUCGGGGUUGCCGGGUUCUGGUGGUCAGUUUCGUCCAGUUUCGGGGUUCAUGGAUCGCGGCUGCAGCUUCGGAUAA